AUGCGCACUUCCAUUCAGUUUAAUAUUAAUGGACAGGAUUUUCAUUUGAAUAAUCCGGAUCCGGAAUUAUCAUUGGCUUUUUAUCUUCGACAGACAGUUGGUCUCAUUGGAUGUAAAAUUGGCUGCGAAGAAGGAACAUGCGGAUCGUGCACUGUCGUUAUCGCAGAGUACUCUCAUCCACGACCAAUAUAUAAAGCUAUCAAUGCAUGUCUGUUUCCUAUGUAUCAAGCAGAUGGAAAAUUCAUUAUUACCGUAGAAGGAAUUGGAAACAAGUCAAAGAUUCAUGAAAUACAGAAGCGCUUAGCACAUGGUCACGGAACACAAUGUGGCUUCUGUUCUCCAGGUUUUGUGAUGUCUAUGUAUGCUCUCUUAAUGGAAACUCAAUGGAAUCCUUCGAUCGAACAAAUACAUCAAGCUAUUAAAGGAAAUCUGUGUAGAUGCACGGGAUACCGUCCCAUAUUCGAAGCUUUCUAUACUUUUGCUAAAGACGGAUGUUGCAAAGGACAGGAUCCGCAAUUACCGAGAGAGGAUGUAGCAUUUCCAUUGUUGGACAAAACUCAAAAUUUAAUUUUCCCAGCCUCAUUAGUUGAAUAUAUCCCGAAAUCUGGUUUGUUGAUUGAGAGUGAACGAGUUUCGGUUGCGGUUCCAUCAUCCAUUGAGGAAUUCGAUGAAAUAUUACAACAGUAUCGAGAACAAAAUGAGAAGAGUAUAGUGAAGUUUGUGUCAUCAGGAAUCAUCACUCGUUUCGCUGCUUUCUAUAAGCCAACAGUGAGAGAACAAUGGAUCUGUACAGCACGCAUACCCGAAUACAGAAAAGUUGAGGUUGAUCAUGAGUAUCUCACUAUAGGAUCAGGCUUGAGUCUGCGUGAGCUCUAUGAGAAUGUGACAGCUUACUGUGAUCCUGAAAUAUCACAAGCUUUCCGAAGAAUGUUCCGAAACUAUUCAUCCCACCAAGUUUUCAAUGCUGCGUCAUGGGCUGGUGCGUUAUGUGGUAAAGCUGUUGGAGAUAUCGAAGUUCUUUGUCGUGCAUUGGAUGUUGAUAUUCACAUGAAACUAACUGGACAGACCGUAACAUUGUCAUCCACAUCAGACUAUGAAGAAUUGAAAAAGAUGAUAAGCGAGGGAUAUUUGAUUGAAAAAAUGAGCCUUCCACGUCAUUUGAACGGGAGAAUGUUUGCUGGAAAAUUUGGUGAACGUCCGGGUCCGGAUACAACAGUCAUUAACUAUGCUCUAGUAGUUAGUGGUUCACAAAUCAUAUCGGAUAGUCGUUUGAUAAUCAGUGAUCGUACAACCGUAAUCAAAUUAACGAAACUGCAGUCAGCUAUGAAGGACAAGUAA